AUGGGGGAUAAAGAUAUUGUCGUAUCUACAAGCAAGCCAAGAGAGAGUAGCCAUUCAACCAUCCAAUGCCCAAUGCUUACUACCACAAACUAUACAGUUUGGAGCAUGAGGAUGAAGGUGGCUCUCAAAGUGCACAAAGUAUGGGAAGCGAUUGAGCCAGGCGCAGAAGAAGGAGAGAAGAACGAUUUAGCCAGAGCUCUAUUGUUUCAGUCCAUACCAGAAAGCUUGGUCUUGCAGAUAGGUAAUCUUGAUAUCUCGAAAGAAGUAUGGGAAGCAAUAAAAUCAAGGAACGUGGGAGCUGAAAUAGUCCGAGAGGCUAGACUACAGACACUGAUGGAUGAGUUCAACCGGAUCAAGAUGAAAGAGACAAAUACCAUUGAUGAGUUCUCUGGUAAACUUACAGAGAUAUCUGCAAAAUCAUCAUCCUUAGGAGAGAUCAUCGAAGAACCAAGGAUGGUAAAGAAAUUCUUGAGUAGUCUCCCAAGAAGGAAGUUCAUACACGUCAUAGCAGCUCUUGAACAAGUUCUCAACCUCAAUACCACGAGCUAUGAGGACAUUGUUGGGCGUUUAAAGGCUUAUGAAGAGCGAGUCAAAGAAGAAGACACUCAAGAGGAUCAAGGUAAACUUAUGUAUGCUAAUCUUGACUCUCAAGACGCUCAAGAUGGUCCUGGUAGAGGAAGAGGACGUGGAGGACGUUUCAAUAGAGGGAGAGGAUGUGGCAGAUGGAGCAACCAACGGGACUGGAAGGAAGGAAGAGAUACAACGAGGGUUGUGUGCUUCCGAUGUGAUAAAACGGGUCACUAUGCUUAUAAUUGUCCUCAUAGACUUCUCAAGCUACAAGAAGUUCAUGAGACCGAGAAUGAGAGUACGCGUGAAGCAGAGGAGCUAAUGAUGCACGAGAUUGUGUAUCUCAAUGAGGAGAACGUGAUACCAAAAGACAUAACGACAAGAGAUGAUGGAGACAACAUGUGGUAUCUAGACAAUGGGGCAAGUAACCACAUGUCUGGAAACAGAGAAUACUUCUCAAGUCUUGAUGAAAGAAUCACAGGUAAAGUGAGGUUUGGUGAUGACUCUCGCAUUGAUAUUAGAGGAAAAGGUUCAAUACUUUUUCUUGAUAAAGAGGGUAAGAGGAAGGUACUAGCGAGUGUUUACUAUAUACCGGAGCUACGAAGUAAUAUCAUAAGUUUGGGACAAGCCACUGAGUCCGGAUGCGACGUAAGAAUGAAAGGCAACUAUCUUACCUUACUUGACCGAGAUGGAAACCUAUUAGUAAGAGCAGUUAGGUCGAAGAACCGACUAUAUAAGGUAGCCAUGGAAGUUGAUAACUGUAAAAUAGAAUGUCUCAAAGUCUCCUGUGAUGGCGUCUCUGCUACUUGGCAUGCAAGACUAGGACAUGUUGGCUUAGAAACGAUGAAAACAAUGAUCAACAGAGAUAUCGUCAUAGGCAUACCUCACAUAACCGUCGAUAGGGAGACAUGUUAA